UCCGACGGUGAAAGAUCAGGCAACAGACCAAACGGACCGUUGGAUUAAUCGUGCGCUACAACAAGGCCGCACCGAUCGGAGCCGUCACCAAGACGAUCUCUGCUUUAAUACUUGCCUUCGCAUCCACCCUUUUUCUCCCUCUCUCUCUUUGGGGCAAUCUCAGCGGUCUCUUUGCUCACAGGGUGUUAUUCCAUGGUCCAAAGAAUCGCUUCCUAACCCUAGAUUUCGAGAGCUCUCCGAGGAUUUGAGCUGCCAUGGACGAGGAGAACACGGGGCCCUUCCGCCGGACCUCGAGCCGGACCAGGAAGAUGGCGUCGAAGAUGGCCGCCGCUCUCGCCAGCACCGAUAACCGCACCCAGGCAGCUCUUGCUCGUCUUGAGGCAUUGGAAAGCGACAAUGCUGGAGCAGAGGUGGUAGAGAUCAAUGAUGACGAUGAUGCUUCUCUCGACGAAGAUGAUCAAGUGUACAUUCAAAAGAAGCAGUCCAAGAGCAUGAAGCGCAAGACUAGACUGGCAAAAGCACUGGAGAAUGCAAAGAAGGCACCAAGGACAUUCAUGGAGGUGUUACAGGAUGCAAAUCUAGAGGCCCUGCCUCCACAUGUUCCCUCCUAUUUGAGGGCUGCCGUAGGCCCCCCAAGCACUACAUCCCGUCGCCAUUUCUGCACGGUUUGUGGGUAUACUGCCAACUACACAUGCGUUAGGUGCGGAAUGCGAUUUUGUUCAUGUCGUUGUCAGGUUAUACACAAUGACACUCGAUGUUUGAAGUUUGUAGCCUGAUCUUUGGCUUGCUGGUUCUCAAGAGCUCUACCAUGAGAUUGCAAGUUGUAUACAUUAGGUGGAGUUAGGUUUGAUCAAUGCAGAGGUGGUUUGCUCCCUCUUUGUAAAAAUUAUGUUAAAUCACGUUGUAUCUGGUAAUAUUUGAGAGAGCAAAAGAUUUGCAUUACAGAUAUGCACUUCCAUC